AAAAUUUUUUCUAGAGUCACCGGUGGAGAGCUCUUCGAAGACAUCGUAGCGCGCGAGUUUUACAGCGAAGCCGAUGCAAGUCAUUGCAUCCAGCAGAUAUUGGAAAGUAUCGCCUACUGUCACAAGAACAACGUCGUUCAUCGGGACCUCAAGCCAGAAAACCUUUUGUUGGCUAGCAAAGUCAAGGGAGCCGCAGUUAAACUCGCGGAUUUUGGGUUGGCCAUAGAAGUGCAGGGUGACCAAGAAGCAUGGUUCGGCUUCGCCGGAACUCCGGGCUAUCUGUCUCCGGAGGUUCUCAAAAAGGAAUCUUACGGAAAACCGGUGGACAUAUGGGCUUGUGGUGUCAUUUUGUACAUAUUGCUUGUUGGCUACCCGCCUUUCUGGGACGAGGAUCAAAACCGUUUAUAUAUGCAGAUCAAAGCAGGUGCCUACGACUACCCGAGCCCAGAAUGGGACACCGUGACACCGGAUGCGAAGAACCUCAUCAACAGCAUGCUCACGGUCAAUCCACGCAAGCGAAUAUCCGCCGAAAUGGCACUGAAGCACCCGUGGAUCAGCCAGAGGGAACAUUUCGCGGCCGCCGUCCAUCGCCAGGAUACCGUCGACUGCUUGAAGAAGUUCAACGCUCGUCGCAAGCUGAAAGGUGCAAUUCUGACGACGAUGAUUGCUACAAGAAACCUGUCAAGUAAGUGCACUUAUGUUACGGGGCGGAAUGAGAGGGUGUUGCGACUGGGAUAUGGAUGUGCGAGUGAAUAGGA